UCUGCCUGUUUUUGCAAUGACCCAUCCUGUCUCAUGUAUUACUGAGUUGAGUUGUCAUUGUCUUGUCUUAUUUAGUUGCACAGAUCAGAAACCUGAGAACAUCAUGUUGGAUUCAGAUGGCCUUAUCUGUAUCAUGGAUCUGGGGCUGGCUCAAGGUGGGGAUACCCUCUCCAAUAAGAUCCAUGACAGGACGGAAACCUUCCAAUACAUGGUCCCAGAGGUGCACCUCAGUUGAGAAUAUGGCUCAGCAGUUGAUUGGUGGAGACUGGGUAUUGUGGUGUCCAGGAUGGCGGCAGGAUACACCCCACUUUACAACCAUCACGUCAUGCAAAAUCCAUCACCACCAAAAAGCCUGAAAUUCCAUCUGAGUUAGAUGAUGAGGGAAAAUAUCUAUUCAAGAAACUGCUGCUCAAAAAUCCUGAGGAGCGACUGGGCGUGUGCUGAAACAUCAGAGAGCAUCCAUUCUUUCCUUCCAUCAGCUGGGAGGAACUAGAGGAAAUGAGAGUAAAACAGCCUUAUGAUCCUUAUGAGACAAUUCUGCUAAAUCCACAUUUGCAGUAGCCGGAGGACACAUUAACCCCUUACUCCGUGGUUGGAUUUCACCACACAUCACCAAGCUGGACCCGGAAAUAUCCUCCUCCUCUGGGUACAACUUUCAUCAGAUGUUCUUCUUACCUAAUAGGUCUCAUCUUUAUCCUUGUUUUUUUUUUUUCCAUCUUUGCCAGUGACUAUGUCUGUGCUUCUAUUUAGGUGGAUGAGAAGAUCUAGACUGUGAAGGAAUCCAUGGCCAUCUGAUGAAUGGCUGCUUUAUAUGGCUGGAUGAUUGAGUUUAAAGUCCGUUAGCCCAAUAUAAAAGAAGUAACAAUAGAUUAACAAUUUUGAGGUAUCCUCCUCUUAUAUUUUUCAGUAUGCCCAGAACAUCAAUCCUCAUAUCUCUGCUACUGUAUGUCACCUUGGCUGCCCCUGAACCUCAUCGCUCACCUUUGCCAUCAUGUUACUGUCCCAGGCCCUUGACCUGCCAUACUUCAAUUCCAGGCUGGCAUCUGACAUUGCUCCAGCCUAAAGACUCUCUACACCUCAAGGGGUGACCUGUGCUUAGUUUCCAUCUGAGCAUCCAAUAUCAAUGCUACCUAACUGAUCGACCACUUAGUACACACCUGUCCCCUAGGCUGCAGAAUAGCCAGACUCUCUGGCUAUCAAUCCCCAGCAGUCAAGAUGAUCACCAAAAAAAGAGACAAUGCUGAAACCAUCAAGAGAAAGCAGCAGAUACUCUUGAGGGCCUGUGAUCAUCUCUUCUUCAUGGUAAUGCCUUCUCCCCUGUGCUGGAGGAGGUGUUAUUAGAAAGAUGCCAGCCGGACAUCAUCAUGCACAGAAAACUUGGGAACGCCCCCCAUGCACCAAUCAGUGGCAAAACAAGAAGAAAAACCGGACAAGCCAAGAGACGCUACAACCUCAGAUUUGCCAACGUGGUUCCCUUACAUUUGGCCCAGAAAAAGGUGUCACUGGCAAAACAAGAGUAAGAAAACCGGACGAGCCAAGAGACGCUACAACCUCAGAUUUGCCAACAUGGUUUCCUUACAUUUGGCACAGAAAAAGGUGGCAAAACAAGUUAGCAAACUGGCUAAGCCAAAAGACUCGGACAGUACUACAGAUUUAUCAACGUGGUUCCCCUACAUUUGGAGACCAAAAAAGUGGCAAAACAAGAGGAAGAAAACAGGAGAGUCAAAAGAUGCAGAUUUGUCAACAUUCACCUACAUUUGGCAAGGAUACAGUGUGCUACAGAGUGAAGAUCAGGUGAAGUUGGAUGCAUUUACCAGAGAGACUGAAAUUGAUUUAGUUGCCAAAAAAAAUGCUACCUCUGUUAUAUGGCGAUAUUUUGACUUUAUGGUAACGGACACUGAGCAAAAAGAGGUACUCCGCAAAACUUGCAAAGCUAAAAUGGCUACGUCACGUGGUAACACACCAAAUUUAUACCAACACCUAAAACAGCACAGAGAAAAGUAUGAAGAAUGCAUGACACUGAAAGCCCAGAGUAAAGAGACAGCGGCUGCUAGUCAACCAAACAAAGAACAAGUAAGCGGAACAAACCAGAGCACAAUUACAGAUGUGUUUGCGAGUAUCACACCAUAUGCCAAGUCUUCACAGCAAUAUAAAGAAAUCACUGACGCCAUAACACAAUGCUUGGCAAGAGUCAUGAUACCCAUAUACACAGUUAGCAAAUGAGGUUUCAGAAACUGAUCCACACACUGGACAAGGGAUACAGGCUGCCCUCACAAAACUAUUUCUCUCAAACAGCUAUCCCGGAGCUUUACAGCAAAUGCCGUGAUGAGGUUCAACAGGAAAUGGUUGGGGUGACGUUCUUUUCCACCACUACGGACUUGUGGUCAAGCAGAACAACUGAACCAUAUAUUAGUCUAAGCGUGGACUUUAUCAAUGAUGAGUUUCAACUGAAAAGCCGUUGCCUGCAAACAUCCUAUUUUCCUGAUGACCACACUGGAGAGAACAUAGCCGUUGGCUUGAAGGAGGCAUUGGCUGCAUGGAACCUCUGUGAAGAGCAUCAGGGCGCUGUCACAACAGACAACGGAACGAAUAUGGUCAAAGCUGUGGAGCUAAAUGAGUGGACAAGAUUUCAGUGCUUUGGGCAUAGACUACAUCUGGCCAUUGGAAAUGCCAAGAAGAAUAGUACACAUGCCCAAUGUAUUAACAGGGCUACUGGGAUAUGCAGGAAGUUGGUGGGACACUUCUCCCAUAGCUGGAGGAAGAGAGUGGCCUUGAGAGAGACACAAAGAGAACUCAACCUUCUAGAACAUGCUAUGGUAACCGACUGCUCAACAAGAUGGGGUUCCACUCAGAAAAUGAUAGCACAAGUCCUAGAGCAGCACAAUGCUCUGUUCAAGAUUCUCUCCACAGACCGUAAAGUGAGACACCUACUGCCCUCAUGGCAGGACCUGGAGGUAUUGGAAUCUGUUAAAAAGGCCCUCAGCCCACUCCAAUAUUUCAUGGAUGCAUUAUCAGGUGAAAGUUAUGUAAGCAUUUCCUGCGUGAAGCCUGCUCUCAAUCUCCUGAACACCUCAGUGUUGGCUGAAGAGGAAGAGGACACUGACCUAACCAAAUCACUAAAAUCAAGAAUUCUACAUUACCUUAAUGAGAAACAUGAAGUCACCCAAGACCUGUUAAACAUGGCAUCUUUUCUGGACCCACGGUUUAGAACAUAGUACACGUCAGCCGAUGAGACGAACAGCGUCAAAGAACGAGUCAUCUCUGAGUUGCAGCAGCCUGAACCCCAAAGCACUACAUCGAUGGAGGCGGAUAGUCAUGUGGGAAACCCACCUGCUCCAAAAAUCAAGAAGAAAUCUCUUGCAAGUUUUUUCAAGGAAUCUACACGUGCAGUAGCACCAUUGUCAGGCAACACCACAUUUGAUCCUAUAGGACAGUUUAGAGAAGCAGUGGCUGCAGAACUCAACAUUUACAUUUAUAUGCCAGUUAAAGUUCAUGGAGAAGAUCCUUUGAAAUGGUGGAGGUGUCACAAAAUCAACUUCCCUAGGCUCUGCAAAUUAGCACAAAAAUAUCUGUGUAUCCAAGCAACCAGCUCUGCAUCAGAGAGGGCUUUUAGCAGUAGUGGUAAUAUUGUAUCUAAUCAUCGUUCUUGUCUGAAACCAGAAAAGACUCUUCUGGGACCAGGACAUUCAAUAUCAGACAUCAGAUAACCUGCUCAACACAAGCCGUUGUAUACUAUGCCACAUGCCCGUGUCCCAAAAUAUAUGUUGGGCUAACGACCCGGGCAUUGAAGAUACGCACAAGGGAACAUGUACGCGACAUCAGACUUGCUUCUUCAACUGAAUCAAUAGAAGACUUGAAACCGAUCGCCAAGCACUUCAAGCAAGUUCAUGACUGUAACCCAUCUCUCCUCUGGGGAAUCGACCAGAUUGUUCUAGGUCUUUGUUCUGUAUUACAAACCCAUGUGUACAGCGCUGGAGCAUUUAUGGACGAUGAAAAUUCCCUCAUUCUCUUUUGCAUUUAUAACUAAUGGUCUGUAGGUUGCUCUAUGAACAACUGUACUGCAACAGUACAGUAAUGAUUUGAUUGUGUGUAUUUCAAUGGACAUGUUAUGUGACAUCUUGAUAGAGCUCCCAAGUGGGGAUUGGUAGUUAUCAUAGACAUAUGCAUAUACAAUUUCGUCUAUACAGGUCACCCUAUUUUUGUCACUGUGUGUUUCACUCUCACGUGUGGUCACUUUUUUUCACACCAUGUUUUAUUUCUAUUGUCACCAUUUUAUUAUUUUUCAUUUAUGUACUUUCAUGAAUUUUUAUGAAGUUUCUGAAUUAAUGAUCAUGUACUAUUAAUUGUCCAUUAUUAAUUAUAUUUAUUUGUAUAUAUAAUGUUAUGUAUUUGUACAUAACAUACAUCACUUUCACACAUCACUGUAGCAAUGUUUUAUUCAUUUGAAUUAAUUAUUGCA